ACCUCGCUAGAAGCCGGAUUCGGUGUGGUCGGCUGAGCCGGCUAGGGGACGCUGCAAGCGGCGGGAUGUCUUGGUCCGGCCUUCUUCGUGGCCUCAGCACAUCCCUAAAUUAUGCCCUAGUCCCCCGGCCUUGGGCCACGCGUCCCAUGGCCACCCUGAACCAGAUGCACCGGCGGGGGCCUCCGAAGCAUCCGCCUUCGAAAAUAGGCCCCACAGAGGGACGGCCGCAGCUGAAGGGCGUGGUCCUGCGCACGUUCAUCCGCAAGCCGAAGAAGCCCAACUCGGCCAACCGCAAGUGCUGCCGCGUGCGGCUCAGCACCGGCCGGGAGGCUGUCUGCUUCAUCCCCGGAGAGGGCCACAACCUCCAGGAGCACCACGUCGUGCUUGUGCAGGGCGGCCGCACUCAGGACCUGCCCGGUGUCAAGCUCACCAUCGUGCGUGGCAAGCUCCUGCAGUGUCCUGGGGAAGCUCGUCCAGCUCUGGAAGUAGCUGGUCCUGGUCCAAAGCCCCGCCACCUCUUCCAUCAAGACCACCCUUAACCCGUAGUGGUCCUGGGUGUGAAUCAGAAAAAAGGCACCCCUCUCCCAGUGCUGGCGCCAGGGGCCUCUUCUGCUGGGACAAGAUGCUGCACUUCCAACUACUGGGGAGGGGUGGCAGUAAACACAGACAGACCCCUCCCCCUUGUGACCUGAACCCCCUUGUGUGGUAUUUGCCCUCUGUGUGGUCUUGGCUACAGACAUGCCUUCUGGCCUCAGUUUCCUCCUGCAGAAAACAAUAGCUCCACCCUUUUUGUGGGUUUGGUGAAGAUUAAAGAUGCUUUAUGUGCAUAACGCAUGUGA